AUGGAUGUCUUUUUUAACCCGAAUUACCCAACAGGCGAUGAACUAUGCCAUCCGGUACCGCAUCCCAUCCCACACGAGACUGUGAUAGGGGAGCGUAAUUCUAAUGUCUUCAGCUCGGGAAUCGCUAUUACCGCAAACUAUGCGAUUAGCCAGUCUGGGCGUUUGCUGAAAAAUGUCGACAACAGUGAGGAACGAGAUGAGCUACUUGAUCUGCAGCAGCGACUCGAAAGCAAGAUCCAGGUCAUUUCACCGGCUAUUGAUAUGAUCGAGCUGAUUGCUGCACGAGGCAAUACUUCUCUGGAGUCUGCAGUCUUUCUUACUAAAGCUCUAAGAUGGGACAUCCAAUCCUUGGGACAGCGAUUAGCAAACGCUGCUGCGUCCAAAGAGCAAAUCCAAAAGGGCGGAAAGUCGGGCGCCAGUCGCACACAGAACGAUGCAGAGAUUAAGCUCAUUAUCAAGGACGUUAAACGACUUCUGGUUCGAAUUGAAGAUGCAGUCCCGCUCAUGAAUCUUGCUAUUACUACCUCAGGGGCAAAGCUAUCGACAAAUCUACCAGCAACCAUAUCCCCAUCUCGGCUACUCCAAGCCAGUACCUUCCUUACCGCUGGGGACACUCAGUAUUCAAUGUUUCCGUCACAAGCGGUUCAGAUUGGCCCUAUUUUCACCCUGUCGAUGUACAUGCUCUUUGCGAGCCAUCUUCGGCCUCACGAUGAAGAGGGGAUUCGCGAAACUACUUGGAAGGAAGUCGUGCAUAAGGGCCGUGUGAAGCUUCGACGGGUACCUAUGGAUUUGGCGACCGCCUCCAGGACACCCCAACAAUGUUUGCAGCUGCCAGCCGAGGCAAGAAUAGACGAGUUUGCCUACCAACUUCUAAUCGUAGAGGAUCUAGAUGACGGAAGAGUCCACACGUUCGAUGACAACGAGCCCCAUCCUCAGAGUUACGAAGGAGUCGGUCUUGCUGGGAUACGAGAAAUCCUACCUAUCCACCAGAUCUCCAAAAUUUUCUAUGCGGAUACUGGCAAAAUCCUAAACAUCAGCACUGACGGCGAAACGAACAAUCCUGUACUGCUCUUGAAAAGAGAUAUCAACGCCAUCCCACCCCGACGCAUGAUUGAACGGGAGGAGACAGACUUCAAUUCUCCCCGCGAGGGAUCAAACGAAGAGGACGUGGAUGAGGAUCAAGCACAACUGGAUGCGCAAUUAAAUAGCACUAGUGCUCCCCCAGCUGGCGCGAGCUUCCACGAGAGUUCCAUUCCAGAAGAAUGGCGACUACCCAAGGACCUAGACCCAGAGUGGAUCGCCUUCGAGGUAUAUAACGAAGGCGAGUCCUCCGACUCCGAAACAGACGAAGAGAAUCCCAAACCCUCGCAGAAAGAAGAGUCCAUCGACCCUGAAAUGAUGGCAAAACUCUCGCUGAACCCUAGCGACAAGCCAACACGUGAUCAACAAGACAGGCCCCAGCCUUCAUCGUCACAACACAUGUCUACGGCCACCGUUUCAAACCCCCAUUUCAACAACAUCCGAACUUCCCUGUCGCUCCUCGAGACUCUCCUCCGUCUGACAUCCCUUCAGCAGUUUCAACAGCAAUCACACCUAUCCAUCAGUGACGAACUCCUAAACUUCUUCUUAGAGGAAUCCUCAACAACCGGCGCCGGUGGCGACGAACAACACCGUCAACGUCUCCGCGCUGAUGCCCGACGAAGAGUCGGCUGGGAUCCCUACGAUGAGAGCCCCGUCAAACGGCGAGGCGAAGAUUAUCAAUACAACUGGGCUUCAGAUGGGACCCCCACGGGAUAUCCGCGCGAAAAUAGAGAUUAUCCCUACUCGCCCAGCGACAGGACGCGGGGCUUCCAUCUUCGAUCACGCGAGAAUACGCCGGAAACGCCGUUGCGGUCGCGUCGUUCCACUCCAGUCCGUUCUGAUGUGCACCAUCAUACUUCACGGUGCAGCUCAUCGGUUUAUGCGGAUGAUUCAGAAAGCCAGUGA